AUGAUAUACAAUGGAAUGUCAAAAUAUGGCAAUUUCCGAAAAUUAUUUUUACUAUUUAUAUUCAUAUCAGUAGUAAAUUGUGGAAUACCAGGUUUGCAUAAAUGGGUAAUAAAUAAUUUUCCUAGUUGUGUGAAAAUCGUUCAAAAAAAUAAAUUGCUAGACGUUGAUAAUUGCAUAAAUAAGAAUGAAGAAAUAAAAAAGGGGAUGAAAAGGGAGAUGCAAAGGGGGAUAGAUUCCAGAAUAGAUUCCAGAAUAGAUGGUAGAAUAGAUUCCAGAAUAGAUGCCAGAAUAGAUUCCAGAAUAGAUGGUAGAAUAGAUUCCAGAAUAGAUGCCAGAAUAGAUGCCAGAAUAGAUGCCAGAGCAGAUGCCAGAAGAGAUGGCAGAGAUGACCACAAAAUAUUAGACGUUGACAAUUUGUUAUUUGAUUUAAAUCAAUUAUUACAUAAAGCAAAUGUUGAAUUUCGUAGUUAUAACAAUUAUUUUUCUAAACUUUCAAAUUUAAUAAAAAAUGUAUUAAAAAAAUUUCAUCCAAAAAAAAAUGUGAUUUUUGCCAUUGAUGGGAUAUGCCCAUUUUCGAAAUUAAAAUUGCAAAUAAAAAGAAGAGCAAAAAUAAAAUCUAAAGAAGAUAAAAAUAUCAUAAAUGAUAUAACUUGUGGAAGUAUAUUUAUAAAAAAAAUUGGACAGUUUCUUAUAAAUUUUGUAAAAUGGUUAGCAUCUCUUGAAAAAUAUAAUCAUGUCAAAUUUUAUAUCUCAACCGAUAAAGAGGUGGGAGAAGGGGAAUUGAAACUUAUGAACUGGAUAGCUAGUUAUGUUAAGAAUGGCAAAAAAGAAAGUAAUAACGAUUUUAAAAAUGGCGAACUAUUAAAAUGUCCAAAUUAUGAUAAAACAGAUUCUAAACGAGAAGAAGAAUCCUUUGUUGUAGUAGGUGCAGAUGCAGAUUUGCUAUUACAAUGUUUGGCAUUAAAAAAUAUACGAAAUGUGUAUAUAUAUACAUAUCAGACAUUUUAUUUAAAUAUGGAUAAUUGUUUUUUAUUUAAAAAAGAAAAACAGUUAAUAGACAAUCCAAGAGAAAAUAAAGAUGACGAAAUAGUAAGGGAAACUUGUUAUGUUGAAAAUAAUUUAAUAGAUUCAGGGAAAAAAGUUAUUAACAAUUUAGAAAAUAUUAAAAAAGUAGAGAGGAAAAAAAUCACAGUUUUAUAUAACUUAAAUAUAUUUAUUAAUUUAUUUAAAAAUAAAUAUCCUAUCUUUUUUAAUCAAAUAAAACGAGAUUUAUUAAUUUUAUUUAUUUUAAAGGGAAACGAUUAUUUACCAAAAGUUAGGGAAGGAAAUUUUAGCGUUUUUUUUGAAGCGUAUUUUAAAAUGUUAAAAGAUAAUAUGAAAAAGGAAACCGAAGGAAAAGAAAGAAAAGAAAAAAAUAAUGUGAAGGAUGUGAAGAAUGUGAAGAAUGUGGAGAAUGUGAAGAAUGUGGAGAAUACAACAUAUAAUGGAUUUUUAAAUAAAAAUUGUGAAUUGAAUCGAAAAGAAUUUUUAAAAUUUCUGAAUUAUGUUCAGAAGGUUAUUAAUUUUUCAAGUAGCUAUUUAAGUAGAAAUAUGGAAGAAGGAAAUUGUUUAAAUUUGGAAAAUAAUUUUGAAUUUAAGGAAAACCAACUUUAUUUACCUUUAUAUCUUUUAAACGAAAUUUUAAAAAAAAAAUUAAUUCAAAAUGGAAAUAUAGAUAUACAAGUUGAGAGAGAUGACAAAGGGUUAUACACAUGCAAGUUAGUGUAUUUAAAAAGUGGGGAAACAAAAAGUGAGGCAACAAAAAAUGAGGCGGUAAAAAGUGGGGCAGUAAAAAAUGAGGCGGUAAAAAGUGGGGCAGUAAAAAGUGGGGCGGUAAAAAGUGGGGCGGUAAAAAAUGAGGCAACAAAAUAUUAUUACGGAGUUUCAAAAAGGAAAAAAAUAGCUAUGCAUAUAGCAUCCUGUAAAUUUAUAGAAAAUGACCUUCCUUUAUUUAUAAAAUAUAUUGAUUUUAAUUUAUUAAAAAAUACUAUUAAAGAAAUUGAUAGGAUAGAUGAUAUAAAUUUGGAUAAAUUAAAAGUGGGGGGGGAUGGAAAUUGUAAUACAGAUAAAGAAAUUCAUAAAUUAGAAAAUUCCGAAAGCAGAAAUAAAAAUGAAGAAAAUAAUUUUAGUGAAUUAGAAAUGAAUAUAUUUACAAAAGAUGAUGAAAAAGAAGACAGGAAAAUGGAAAUAUAUUUAAAAAAAUUUUACACAAAAAAUUGUAAAAAAAAAAAAAAUUAUGAACAAGACAUGAAAAUAUGUGAAAAUUAUAUUGAGGGAAUAAAAUGGCUAGUUGAAAUGUAUACUAAAACAUAUUGCAUAAAUUUUAAUUUUUUUUAUAAAUAUUCAAUUAGUCCAUCUUUAUUAAGUUUGUAUUAUUAUUUAUCUCAACAUGAUGUAAGAACUUAUAACAAUGAUUACACAAAUGUAAUGCAAAAUAUAAAUUUAAAUAUAUUUAAAAAUAAUUCCGAUUAUUAUAAAUUUAUUAACUUUUGUGUUAAUAAAUAUAAUGAUAUCAAAUUGGGGCUAAGUUUGGAAAAGGAGCCAAAAAAUGAGCCAAAAAAUGAGAUGGCAGAUGUGGAAAAGGAGCCAAAAAAUGAGUCAAAAAUUGAGAUGGCAAAUUUGGAAAAGGAGUCAACCGAAUUGGCUUCUUUUUCAAUAGAAAGAGGAAAAGAUAAUGUGUGUAAUUAUAAUGAUAAUAAAUAUUUUGAAAAUAUUUAUGACAUUUUAUUAUCUAAAAAUAUAAAUGUUGUAAAAAAAAAUAUUGAAAAGCUUAAUGAAGUAUUAAAAAAAAUCCCAAAGACAAAAAUGAUUAAAUAUUAUUGGAAUGUAUAUGCAAAAAAAUUAAAAAAAUUUUACAAAAUUAUAUAUUAUAAGUCGAAAAAAAUAUAUGUAUCAAAAGUUUCAUUAUUUAGUAUAGAAUUUGAAAGAAGGUUUAAUAACCCUACUAAUUUAUUAUAUAAUAAUAAAAGAUUUCCAAAUAUGAAACAAAAAAAUGAUAAUAAUAAUAAAUCUGUAGAGGAAUUAGACAAUUUAUAUUUCGAUAUAAAAAAUAAUUAUAUUUAUUCACAUAAUCAUUUAAAAAAAUUGAAUAAAAAAAAUAAUAGGUUAUUCACCAAAACUCAAAAUAUUGAUACCAAUACAAAUAAAUUCUCAAAAAGAGUAAUAAAAAUUAAGAGUACGAAAUUUGUUUACCAUUAA